AUGACUCGACUCCAGCUCCCAUGGAGCCCAGCUCCUCCCCUUCUGCUGCGGAGCCUUGCUCCUCUUCUCCGGCUGCAGCGCCCGCUCCUCCUCCUGUUGCGGAGCCUUCCGCGGGUCCUCGUCGCAGUGACCGACGACGUCAAGUUCCCCGCAAAUUUGAUGGCUACGACACUGAGCUGCCUCCGUCGAAUGCCCCCUAUCCUAUGA